AUGUGGUCGGAUGCUGAAGAUGACUUGUUCGACGAUUUCACUGACGCCGUACCUGCUGCUGCAGAAGAUGCGCAAGGAGAUAGUUUCGAUACUGGAUCUCAAAGAAGUUUUGAUGGCAAAAAUAUGCAUGCAAACAGCAUUCCUAGGGAUACUCAACGUCGAGACAGAAUUGUUGUUAGUUUUGACAAUGAUCAUGGUGAACCAGUCGAACCAUCAAAUGAGUUUGAAAAAAUGCUGCUCAGAGAAGGGAUCGAAGUGCGCAGAGAUGAGAAUUACAGAAAGUACAUGUACAUAGGUAUACUUUGGCCGAUGUACCCAUGCCUUGAUGAGACAAGAUUUAUUAUUUCUCUGUAA